AUGGCGAAAUCAAAAGACAAACAGUCCGCGAAACCAGAGUCGCAGAAGAAGAGCGAAAAGUCAUUCAUCAAGAUCGAUAAGAAGGCGUUUGAUCCGACGUUGGCAUCGUUGUUUGCUAGCAGUGAUCGCGUACAAAAGGCGGCAAAUGAUGAGGAGUUGAGCGAACUGGAGGAUGCGGACGAAGAGAGCGAGGACGACAGUGAAGCUGCCUCUGACGAUGCUAUUGAAGAGGACGUGGAAGGCGGGACAAGCGAUAGCGACUCUGACGAAGAUAGUCUGCACUCAACGGCGCUCAUGAGAAACCCGCCAAGACAGCGCAAGCGAGGCGACAAGGAAGAGGUGGAAGAUACGUACAUGCGAAAGCUAGCUCGUGAAGAAGAGAAAGAAGAGCAGCAGCGACAGAAGAAGCGCAAGACAGAGAAGAAGGCACGAGUGGAGGCUUCAGACGACGAUGAGUCCUCCGACGAGUCCGAAGCAGCCGGCGAAAAGUUCACAAUCCCCAAGCAUGAAUCCCUAGCACAAACCGACGAUAAAGAUGCUCAAGAAGUCGAAAAGGCCGGCCGCACCGUCUUUCUCGGCAACGUUUCGAGCGAAUGCAUAAACUCCAAGUCCACCGAGAAGGCCCUCAAAAAGCACCUCGAAUCCUUCAUCGCAGAUCUAGCCGACAACAACCCCCCACAUAAGGUCGAAUCCAUCCGCUACCGCUCCAUCCGCCUUUCGAUAACAGCCUGCCCAAAGCGCGCUGCCUUUGCCAAAAAGGAAAUCAAAGACUCGACCACCCGUAGCACAAACGCCUACGCCGUAUACACUACCACAACUGCCGCCCGCGAAGCCGUCAAGCGCCUCAACGGCAGCGUCUUCCUCAAGCGUCACAUGCACGUCGACUCCGUCGCCCAUCCCACCAAAAUCGACCACCGCCGCUGCGUCUUCGUUGGCAACCUCCCCUUCGUCGACGACCGAUCGCAAGUCCCCACCGCCGAAGGCGAAGUCAAGAAAAAGCCCUCCUCCGACGUCGAAGAGGGUCUCUGGACACACUUUGCCUCCGCCGGCAAAAUCGAGAGCGUCCGUGUUGUCCGCGACGCCGCCACCCGUGUCGGCAAGGGCUUCGCAUACGUGCAAUUCGUCGACGAGAACGGCGUCGAAGCCGCGCUACAAUUCAACGAGAAGAACUUCCCUCCCAUGCUGCCCCGUAAACUCCGCGUUACGCGCUGCCGCGCGGAGAAGAAGAACAAGAAGGACAAGCCGCGUGUUGCGCUGCCGGCGAAUGGCAAGGGCAAGUCGGGCUACGUCGCUAAAAUGACAGACGAGCAGAAGAGCAUGCAGGGCCGCGCGCUCAAUAUGCUAGGCAAGGUCGCAAAGGCGCAGAGUAAAGAGGGAUUCGUGUUUGAAGGGCAUCGCGCGAAGGAGGGGCAGGGCAAGAGUGGGCUUAAGUUCAAGGGUAGUGGUGGGAAGAAGAAGGGCCCGAAUGGGCGCAAGAGUAGGAGUACGGCGUGGAAGAGUAAGAGCAAGAAGUAG